AGUUGGUGCAGUGUUGUUGGAUGUGGGUAGUAAACCAUAUUUUAUUUAAAAUACAGAUAAAUCAUAUUCUAUAUUAAUAAAAACUCCGUUAUCAAGAGCGAGAGUACGGUUUGAUAUAUAAAUGUGACAGCAUAAUUAACAUUUGAAAUUUAGAAGCAGUUGAUACUGCGCCAUAAUAUAAAAAUGACCACAACAAAUGAGAAUACGGGUAUGGAGGCUGAAGAAUCGCUUUUAUAUUCAGCACGACACGGUGAGAUAUCUGUGGUCAAGGCCCUUUUAGAAGCGAAGAAAGAAGGAAAACUAACUUUGAACAUUAAUUGCAAAGGUAAGAGCAAGAGUAAUCUAGGAUGGACACCUCUCCACUUAGCAACAUACUUUGCUCACAAAGAAGUAGCAGAAGCCCUGCUGGAGGCCGGAGCAGAUGUGGAUGAGGUUAAUGAAAAUGGUGACACUGCACUGCAUAAAGCAUCGUUCAUUGGAAAUGAAGACCUGGUGAUCCUAUUGCUCAACCACCAAGCGGACGUGAACAUAAUGAACGGGGAGGGCAAGACACCAAUUGACGUGUGCAAGACGCAAGACGUGCAACGCUUGCUGGAAGCGGCCGACCGCGCGAUGCGCUACGAACGAGAGCGGAAACUGCUCACGGCCGCCAAGGAGGGGUGGGUCGAUGAGCUGCAGGAGUUGUUAAGCUGUUCCAACCCCCCCAAUAUAAACUGCGUGGACGCGCAAGGCAACUCGUGCCUGCACUGCGUCGCGUACCGCGGCCACGCGCGACUUGCUGUGCUGUUGUUGCAAAACGGGAUUGACACCACACUGAGGAAUAAUAGCGGUCGCUUAGCAAUAGAUCUGGCGAAAGACAACGAAAUGCGCGAAGUGCUGAGCGUGAGGCCGGUGCAGAAGUUGCAGCGAACCGCCGCCCGGUUCGAAGGACCGCUGCUCAAACGGUCCAGGUUUUUGGGCUGGAGACCCGUGUGGGCUGUGCUGCAACGCGGCGUGCUGCUGUACUACGGCAGCCGGGCGGAGGCGGCGCGCGAGGGCGGGCGCUGGCGCGACCGGAAGUACCUCGACGCGGCCAAGCUGAGCGCGCCGGACGCCGAGCCGGCGCUGCUCGUCGUGGCGUUCAGCGACGGCGAGUCGCAUCGCCUGGCGGUGCAGCCGGGCGACAGCGUCUCCGCGUGCAGGCAGUCGUGGAUAACUGCUUUUAAAGAGCACAUAGCGUAUUCCGGUCACUACUUGUGGGCGGGAGUCACACCGGAUUCGGCCAAGGAAGCCACAGAGGAUCUAGAGGACGAAUGCAAACCUCUUGGCUCCAUGCAGGACGCAUUAACAACAGCCACAAACAACUUGGCUCUAUUGGACACUCAGCUUCGCGAAUGUUCCGCGAUACUGGCAGCCCUGGACAAAACCCCGCAAGGGCAUUCCCUACUCCACUCGGCGUAUAUGCGUUUCCAGCACGCGUGCGGUACGGGGCAGACGGCGCUGGGCGCGCUGCGGCACUGCGCCGCGCUCGUGGCGCAGGCGCGCGAUAGAGACGCCGCCGCGCUCGCUAGAGAGGUGGAACGUAACAGAGUGUUGGAGGAAGCCUUAGCCGCGCUGGCUAGAACACACCACGCUUUAGAAAUGUCGGUAGCGGAAGAAUUGACCAAAAGCAAACGAAAGAAAAAGACGCCUCGUUCGCACAACGAGUCGAAGGAGAACUUCUUCGAUGUGUAUGACGAGUCUUCAGAUGAAGACGACACAUUGGUGACGGCUGGUCUCUCGAGUCCACUGGGCGCGCUCAGUCCAUGGGGCAGCAGUCCAGAUCUCACGCGACGGACGCCCAUCGGCAGUGACAAUGGCGACAUAACACCAACGAACGAGCCCGCGGACGCGUCGGGGCGGGCGUCCGGCUCGCCGCAGUCGCUGUGCAGCGCGGCCAGUGCGGCCAGUGCGGCCAGCUCGCGCGGCACGCUGGUGUCGCAGGGCGGACACGUGUACCGGAACGCGAGGUCGCACAGGAAAAACACGGCGCCCAGUUCGAAAUGGUCGCUUUAAUUUUACAUUUUCAAGCACAAAUGAUAAUUGAACGCAUUUGACAAGCAUUUUGCGCAGUUUUUGAAUUUUUAUUAUUAUUCCUUCAUAGUGUUUGCAUACAGUCGAAUUGAUUAUAAAAGUCAUCAUCUUUUGAUUUAUAUUAUAAUAUUUAUUGAUUUUUUUCAUUCGAAUGUUUUGUAUGCAUUAUUGUUGUAUCUAUUUCCAUUAGUUUAGUGUUAUUACGAUGUUAUGUUGGUGUUUGCAUACACUCACACAUAAACACUAUAAACUAUACAGAAUUAUGGUUUGACCAAUAAAAGUUAAGUAGAAUGACGAGCAAAAUAAUUGUGAUUCGUAGUGUAUAUGUGUGAAUAAUUCAUUUACUAAACUAAAACUGGGAUGGUUAUAUCUGUCAAAAAUGAUUGUAUUUAUGGUUUAUUCGUUUUUUUUUUUUAUUUGGUAUUUAUUUGUUUACUACUUUAUUGCAAUCGGUACUUAUGAUAUUGUAAAAAUCGAAAAACAUAUCUGUGAUAAUUAUUAUGUUUUGUUGCAUUUAGUUGUAUUUGUUGCUUUAUUUGAAAAAUUGUUGCCAUAUACGGUGCUUCGGUUUAAUUAGUUUUAGCGCACAUUCUGUAAUAUGGGAUCUGAAUAAUAAGAUUAUGUGGUAUUUUUAUGUUAUGAUUAUCAUUCCAAAUUCAUUCAAUUGUUAACUCUAACAAGCCAACAUAGUGAAAAUCUUCAAUUCAUUGUUUAUUUAUUUUACGCCAUUUUUGCAGUUGUGUUUCAAUUUAAAUGUAACUGACAAAAUUAAUUGAACGAAAAAUUUGAAUUGUUGGAGAUUUUUUUCGUUCGUUGAUUUGAUUUGAUUUUCUUUUCUGUUGCAGCUCAAAAUGGUCGUGCAAAUUUUUUCUAAAUUUCAAACGACUUUCGGCAUUUUUUUGGAACUUGACAAGCUAUUUGCGCAAAUUUUGGAAUAAUUUGUUGCUUAUUUAGUGGUCCAAUUGGCAAGAACUCAACUCUGUUCUCUAUAUACUAUACACAAUUAAGAAUAGACUAAAAUUUUACCAUAACAAGUAAUUAGACGCAUUAUAAAAAUUGUAUUAUAAAAAUUAUCAAAAAAGUAAUUAAUUACAUUCUUAUUUUUCUAUCGAUUCUAUAAAUCGUUUAAUAUAUUUCUUAGUGGUUACCUUUUUAUUUAUUCAUUAAUAUUUUUUUAAUUCUGUCAAUUGUCAAAGUGACAUCUCCCACGUAUGGUCUAUGACGUUGUAAUAUAUUUAUUGUUUUAAGAUGCUAGAAUAUAAACAUAAUAUCUAUAAAAUUGUGCCAUAAAUGUGAAAAUAAUUCAAAUCGAAUAUCAGUACAUAUAAAACAAUACGAUGUAUUACAUCAUCCUUUUCUAAAGUAUUUAUGUAAAUGUCCUGACUGCCAUUAGCGCGCUAUCUCUCUCGCACAUUGACAAUUUGUCGAAUGCGUAUUCACUCGCACAUGUGACGUAAGUUUAACCUGCAUAUAUUAUAGUCGAUGAUGAUUUUUUAUGUCGUGUGCCUUAAAAACUUGUACGUAGCAUGGGUAGAAAGAGUUUACUUAUUGAAUAGCAAAAUUAAUAAAAAUGUGCCUAUAUUUGUCAAUGAGAAUUUAAUUUACCUAUGAGAUUUGUGGAUUUGGAAAAUGGAUAUAUCAAUUGUAUAUAUAAUUGACAAGAUAUAUUUUUUUUAAUAUCUUUGAAAACCUUUUAGA